GCCGAGGCCAGCCCAGGACGCCCUCUUCUGGCUUCUGCUCCCAGCACAGCGCCGGCCUGCAGCUCUGAACCCUACCGCCAACGGUGCGGCGCGCGGCCGGCCGGAGCGUAUCCUCGCCGGCUAUCCGGCGCCGCCACCAGGCACCGUCUUCCGCAACUCCAUACCUUCGGGUGCUCACUCCUCCGGGCCCCGACCUCAAGACCGUGUCGGCCGCUCGGCGGAGCCCGUGAAUCCUCAAUCCUCAGGGCUCAGGCUGUCCACUUCCUCAAGACCGUGCGUCAAUCGAGCUCCAGAGCAAGGGCAAGGAUUCAGUACACGUCUGGUUAUCUAACUGCUAAAUGCCUACAACCAGAGCUAUAUGUAUCCCUGUUCUCGACAUCGAUGAAUUCAAGUCAACAGUUUAUCCCGUUUGUUAGAUGUUAUCAGUGUGUGGUUUCCUUGAAAAAAUGCGCGGUGGUUUGCUCCCCGCGCUGAUCUGCUUCUCGCUAUGCAGCGGCCACGGACUGAAGACAGGGGCACCACCGUGGUUUGCUGCAGAAUCUGAAACCAACCAAUUAACUACAGAAUCUGAAGCCUCUUUUUCAACUCAACUCAGCAUGGACUCCCUUCAUCUUGUGCACGUCAAGCUUCUGGCUGCCGACCUUCUCACGCUCACCCCCCGACAUACAUCGCCGGCUUCCUUUGUUCGCUGUGGCCGUACAGUUGCUCGUGCCGAGGUUGUCGGGAUCGUUGUUUCACGUGACCGCAGGGAGAAGUUUCUCCGCUUCCUGGUUGAUGAUGGCACUGGCUGUAUACCGUGUGUCCUGUGGUUGAACCACCGGUACCUGAAUGCAAACAGUUCAUCCGAUUCUGAUCCAACUGGAGAGAUGGCAUUGAAAAUGUCGGAGGUGGUACGCCUGGGCACCCUGUUGAGGGUUCGUGGGAGGAUUGUCAUGUACCGUGGUGCAAUUCAGAUUGCUGCUAGAGACGUGGUUCUAGAGGAGGACCCUAAUGUGGAGGUUCUACAUUGGUUGCAGUGCGUUCACAUGGCCAAGGAAUGUUAUGAUUUGCCACUACCUUCUGCUUGAGUUGUGCCUCGGAGGAUCUCAUGCUCUAUAAUGAUCCCAAAUUGCAUGGAGUCUAUGGAGGGAAGGGCUGGCAAAAGAUCUUGUGGAUCCAUCUGUUUCAGAGAGCUGCUCGGAUGAAGAAGUUUUGUGUUGCAUUCAUGUCGGGCUCUUGUGUGUUCAGGAUGACUCGGAUGCGAGACCACCCAUGUCAACGGUUUUAACAACCUUGGAGAGUAGAAGCACACCACUUGCAACGCCUGAUAAGCCGCCGUAUUUUUCUGGGAGAAAUAAGGUAGCAAAGAGAGCAGACUAUGGCUAGGACUCUGUGGAUACGGAGACUCUUACAGUAGUAGAGAGACGGUAGGGUCUCAAAGUGAGUUUCGCCCGUGCACCGUUUCUCAGUUGUCCCAACAAUUUGCUAAAGGAUUUAUCUGCCACCGCAAUCACACGCACUGGAGUUCUCCUUUGAUGUGGCAUGGUAUGCCUUAAAGAAAUUCUUGUUUUGUAUUUGUAUUUUCCUCUGGGGUUCCACUGUGAAGUCUGGACUCUGGACUAUUACAGUUUCUAUGUCGUGACGAGUACGGAAUAUUUAUUUUAUGGUAAAAAAAGACGGAAGUAACAAAGAUUUUCCCUUAUAAGAGAUACAGAAGAAAGGUUGGAUGUGUUUCU